UGGGGCCGCGGGAGGGCGCGCCCACCUCCUCUGCGCGGUGACGUUGCGCCUCUUCCUCCCCCUGGUGGCUCCCUCUUCCCUCCCUCCCCGACUGCCGCCUCACAGACCGGGACCCGCCGCCUCUCCUGCUGCCCUUCCGUGCCGUUUCCUCCUCCUUCGCUGCGGCGGCGAUGUGAUUCCUCCCUCCUGGCUCGGCCCGCCCCAGCUGCGCGGCGAAUAUGGCGGAGCCUUCUGUAGAGUCGGCAAGCCCAGGAGGGUCAGCAACAUCAGAUGACCAUGAAUUUGACCCAACGGCUGACAUGCUGGUUCAUGAUUUUGAUGAUGAGCGGACAUUAGAAGAAGAAGAAAUGAUGGAGGGUGAAACAAACUUCAGUUCUGAAAUAGAAGAUCUUACAAGGGAGGGUGAUAUGCCAAUUCAUGAACUUCUUAGCCUCUAUGGAUAUGAUGGUACUGUACCACUCCCGGAAGAGGAAGAGGAGGAGGAUGAAGAGGAGGAUGGUGAAGUUGAAGAUAAUGACAACAAUAGUGGCUGCAGUGGAGAAAAUAAAGAGGAGGCCAUAAAGGAUUCAUCUGGUCAGGAGGAUGAAACACAGUCCUCCAAUGAUGAUCCAGCACCAUCUGUUGUACAGGAGAUAAUUCGCCCACGUCGGUGUAAAUACUUUGAUGCAAAUAGUGAAAUAGAAGAGGAAUCUGAAGAAGACGAAGACUAUAUUCCUUCAGAAGACUGGAAAAAGGAAAUCAUGGUGGGUUCCAUGUUUCAAGCUGAAAUUCCGGUUGGUGUAUCUAAAUAUAAAGAGAAUGAGAGAGUAUAUGAAAAUGAUGACCAACUACUGUGGAAUCCAGAUUACUUGACUGAAGAUAAAGUGAUUGAAUUCCUUAAUGAAGCCUCCAGAAGAACAGGUGAUGAGAGAGGGAUAGAUGCAAUUCCUGAAGGAUCUCAUAUUAAGGACAAUGAGCAGGCUUUGUAUGAAUUAGUGAAAUGCAAUUUUGAUGCAGAAGAGGCACUAAGAAGAUUAAGGUUUAAUGUAAAAGCAGCUCGAGAAGAGCUAUCUGUUUGGACAGAAGAAGAAUGUAGAAAUUUUGAACAAGGCUUGAAAGCUUAUGGAAAGGACUUUCACUUGAUCCAAGCAAACAAGGUACGAACAAGAUCCGUGGGGGAAUGUGUAGCAUUCUAUUACAUGUGGAAGAAAUCUGAACGAUAUGACUUCUUUGCUCAGCAGACGAGAUUUGGUAAAAAGAAGUACAAUCUGCACCCUGGUGUAACGGAUUACAUGGAUCGACUCUUAGAUGAAAGUGAAAGUGCUGCAUCCAGCCGGGCUCCUUCCCCUCCUCCCACAACUUCUAACAGCAGCACCAGCCAUUCAGAGAGAGAGGACAGCGCAACCAGCAACAGUAAUCAAAAUGGUGUAUCCAGUAAUGGGCCAGGUGAAUUAUCAAGCAAAGAAGAAGUAAAAAUUGAAGGAUUGCACAUAAAUGGACCAACAGCUGGCAAAAAAAUGCCUCUUGUGGAUUUUGAUACAAAUGGCUAUGAAACUGAAAACCUUUCCAAUCAUUCUAAACAUGCUCAUUCAAAUGUAAGGAAUGAAAAUGAUUUUGAAGAGAAAAAUGAGAGAGCUGCAAAGAGGAGAAGAGUCAGUAGUAAUGGAAGGGAGAGUCCAAGUUCCUCAGAUAUUUUUCAAGAAGCAACGGCCCAUGGAAAGUUUGAAGAACAGGAGACCAUGGAUGACUGAAUGUUUGUUUGGUUUUAUUCUUUCAAGUAAUUUUAGGGUGACUGAAAUUUUCAGGGUUGAUAGGUUACCUUACAGAUUCAAAUCUCGUAAUAUAUCUAUUUAUAUUUUGGAAUACAUUUUGGUUGCUUCCUAAUCCUGAUCGACUGAAGUUAUACUCUUCUACCUUGAAAUACAGAUGUAGUGGAUGGGAUAAUGUUCUAUUGAACACAGCUGCUUCCUGCACACAGUCUGUCAAGGGAAUAUUUGUGAUGGAAUCAGCUCUCUGCAAACAUUUUCACAGCAUUAAACUAUUGUCCAAAACCUGUUCUUGAAAGUAGUCAGUUUUAAAUUCUGUAAGGCCAGAUAGUCAACUGUAAUGUAAUUCAUAAUGCUAAAGUGAUCGCUGCUGAGAUUUGUCUUCAGCUAACAGGAAGAGAAGCAAUAUCACAUGGUUAAGGAAUGCCUGUAAAUCCUGAAAGUUGUAUGUAAAAGACUUAUUUUUAUAUAUAAAAAUAUAUAGAAAUAUUUAAAAAUAAACCAAGUCAGGUUUGUAUAUGUAAAAUUUUUGACAUCAGUGAUGUCUUUCCAUAUUCUUAUCUGGAUACAAGAAAUACAUUAUGUAUUUUUCCAGAUUCUUUGUAGCCUUUGAAAGAUUUUUACAAUACUUAAGACAUGAUUGAGCUGUCAUUUCUUUUAAAAAGUGUGUAAUUUUCAUAACUUGUACAGUAUGGUAAACUUUUACGAGAGAGUUGAUCUUCUGAGGAGUCUUUGUCAGCUUCUUUUUAUUUUGCUAAAGCUUUUUUUAUUAAAGAAAGAAAAAGUAGUAGUCAUGUUCCAGAAAGUAGUAAAAACAAAUGAAAUAUUUAAAAUUCACCCAAUGAUGAAUAUUGAAAUUCUCAAAUUUCUGUCUUGGGACAAAUAGUGACUUAGAAUUUGGCGUUUAGCACGAUGCUUUGGUUGCACAAGUGUUCUUGCUUUUAUAUUUGUGUUUCAGAUUUAUUUUUAUGGUAUGACAGAACCUUAAAAUCAGCUAAAUGCUUUAAUGUUGCUAAAUCUUGUUAGCCAAGGUCAGUCAUUACAUUGUUAGUUAAUUUUAAAAUUUCAGUGAGCACAGUACAGUUAGGAAACGGAUCAAAUGAUUCUGGCUGUCUUGAUGAGAAACAAAUGCACAGUUCAUAUUUGGAGUCUGUGUGUGCAUCCAAGGAAUCCAUGCUGCUUGCUGCUUCUCAGGAAGCAGAGGAGUCUUUGUGAAGAGUUAAUACUCAAUAUAUGUAUGAAUAUGCACAUGUAUAUGAGGUACCAUAAGGGCUGGUAACCCUUUUUUAAAAAAAGAGAGAGAGAAUCCUUGACAGUGUGGUGGGAAUAUCCCCAGUAGCCAUUGUUCCCAGCCACAAAAGGAUUUGGAUUAUGGCCAUGAUGGAGGUUUACACUGUCAGUCCCUUGAUGCCAUAUAAAGUUACUUGUAGGAAGCAUUAUUCUGUGUGUAUUAAAUCGGGCUAUCUGUACAGUAGUCUUAACCAUCUACCUGUCUUGAGGCUUGCUUUAAAAGUUACGACCACACUGUUAAGUUGGUUUGAUUGUUAUGAUGACUUGGCUAAAUGUGCAGUCUUUCAACAUUGGGAAACAUCCUGACUAAGUUACUCAUGACUAACUUUAGACUUGAAAUUAAUGGAGCUUAAGUUAGUUUCAUUAAUGUCAAUGAUAUUUUGUCAUGACUCACUAAUGUAGAUGCUGUUGGUGUCUUUCAUUAUGAACCCCAAAUAGCCUUUUUAGUCGUCGUCCCCGCCCGCCCCAGGCAUAAAUUCAUUGUAGACAUCACUGAGGUUUAUUUAAUGAUCAUAAUUAGCCCUCUGCUUUCUCCUGAAAUGUUUUGGGUGAAUUUUGUAACUUAACAUUACAGGGCUAAUAUUUAUUCUGUCUACAGCCUAAUAGCAGUGUAUCUCAGUAAGUGUAAUUUGCAGAUUUACAGAUAAAAUCCUUAAUCUUGUAAACAGCACUGCUUUAUGGAGGUGCCAUGGCUGACAAAUCCCAGUCUUGUUAAUAUGGGAAUCCAAAGUUUUCAUAGCCUCGUAUCAAAGAUUAUCUAUAGAAAGUAUUUCAGAGCAAGGCAGUGCAAUGCUUUUAGAAAUCUUUGCAACUUUGUCUGAAGACCUAUUUUUCUGUUCUUUAUCUAUAUAUUUUGGAAGUUGGAAAUGCUUGCAAAGCAGUUAAUAGGAAAGUUUAUAAGUAUAUUGUUCUCAGGCUUGUAAGUAAAAUAUAGCACUGUGUACAUUUUCAGAAAUUUUACUUUCGUCUUUUAUUCUUACCUUUAAUGGUAUGCCUAAGAAAAGUCUUAACAUUCCGUAAUCAAUAUGUAAUGCUCAGCUGUUCUUUAAGUAUUUAAUUGUAAUGUGCAUUUUGUUUAUGCAGGUGUUUAUACAAUAUUUUAUUCAUGUUCUAUAAAAUGCAGCCACUAUAACUUGAUAAGACAUUGCACUAGUAGUACUAUUUAAAAUUCUAGUAAUAUAGUAACCUGUUCAAGAAGCUUUCAAUGCAAUUUGGAAAAGAUGCAAACUUCCACUUGCUUCCAAAUUGAAUUGAAAAGUCAGUGGAGCUUAUGUAUAGUACUUGUAAUGUAUAUUUUUAAGCACUAUUGUGUCCUGAUCUAUGAAGUGCAUUGUGUGCAGUCUGAAUCAAACCUUCAAUUCAACAGGUCUGACUGUUGGGUUUUAUAAAAGGGUUUAAAGUGAUAUUUUGAAAGAAAUCUAAAAUUUUGCUAAUUAGUUUUUAUAAAUUUUUCACAUAGUACUUUUGCACUGUUGGUAAUCCCUGUGUCCUUUCCCUAGCUCCCUGUCUGCAAUUCUGGAAAAGCUUAUUAAAGUAUUUUUUUAAACAUA